UGUACUAAUAUUAAAAAAAGUGUUUAAGCAAGCAUAUCAAACAAAUAGUUAAAGAAAACGAAAAGUAUAUAGAAUUAAACAUAUAAUGAUAAAAUAAAUUUUUGUACCAAGAAGAAAAAGAAGGAAAUAUAAACAAAUAAAUUAGUAUAUUUCCACGUUUCUUAUUGCUAAAAAUAUAUAACAAGAAAAUUAGAGGUCGAUUCAGAAGUGUAUGUGGUUAAGAACAACAAUUGGUGGUUUCCUUAGUCUCAGUUCGUUCUGUGCUUUGCAUCGUGGCGGCAUUACUCAGGAAGAAAGGAAUCGUAGAGAACACAUCAUGGGUCUUCCACCAUUUAAUGUAUCCGGUAGUCCUUUUAAUGUGGUGCCCAUCCACCAGUAUCCAGAGCUAAUGAAGGAUACAUGCGCGCUUAUAAAUUCUGAAUGGCCACGCAGUGAAACAGCGCGCAUGCGUUCUCUUGAAGCAUCAUGCGAUAACUUACCGUGCAGUUUGGUUUUGACCACUGAAGGCUACAACCGCGUCAUAGCCCAUUGCAAGCUUAGUCCAAUACCGUCAAAAAAGAAUGCAUGCUUUAUUGAAUCUGUGGUAGUGGACAAGAGUUGUCGGGGUCAAGGAUUUGGCAAAUUAAUAAUGAAAUUUGCUGAAGAUUAUUGUCGUGUUGUUCUAGAUUUAAAUGUUUUGUAUUUAUCAACAAUUGAUCAAGAUGGUUUUUAUGAAAGAAUAGGCUAUGAGUUUUGCGAACCAAUUUCAAUGUAUGGUCCUAGACAUUGUGAAUUGCCUAGUCUGCAAAAUGCCAAAAAGAAAUACAUGAAGAAAGUUUUAUAGGCAACUACGGCAGUACGUUAUAACAAAUUUCAAAUUAAACGCCACAAAAUAGCAUAAACAAUUUUUAACGUAAUUGAUUUAAAUCUUGCGCCAGUUGAAUUUUAUUAUAAAUUAAUUAAUUCUCCUUUUUAUUUCCAGAACUUAAUUUAGUUUUUGGAUAGAAUUUGUUAAAAAUAUGAAUUUUAAUUGUGGAUUAAUAUAUCCGAAUUCAAAUUUGUGUGUUUUUGUAAGAAUUUUCAAUAAAAUUAUAAAUUCAAUUCAUUCUGGGCAAAUAAAAUCAUCUACAAAAACUAAAAAUGUUAAUCAAAUAUAUAAAUAUCAAUUGCAGCCUAAUCAGUUAUUUAGAACAGUAUUUCUGUGAAAUUAAACAAUGGCUACUAAUAUGUUAAAAGAAGAUUCUAAUGAAUUAAAAAUGGUUAUAAGAAAUAUAUAGUAAUUUAGAUCUGUCUGAAAAGGCAAUUAUUAUAAAAAACGACAUAUUUUAUGAAAAUAUCACUGCAAAUUAAAUUCCAAUUAAUUUAAUUUUUUCUUAUGAUUUUUUUUUUUAUUUUUACUGUUAAUGGUUUAAAUUAUAAAAUUUUUUUAUGUGUUUCUUAUGUUAAGUAAUUUUACAUUUUAAUUUUGAACAUUUUUGGUUUUGAAGUUUAUAAAUUUCUAAACAAGUAUAAACUUAUAUUACCAAACAUGUAUGGCUUUAAGCAGAUACAUACAUACAUUCAUAUAUUUAAUUUAUUUUAAUGUUAAUUAAGUAUUUAUUGAUGAAUCUAUGUGUAUAUGUUUUAAAUCAUAAUUUUAUAAAAUAUUAAUCGUUAAAAUAUCAGAUAAACAUACUUAAAUGAUAGAUCUUCCAUAGAAAAGUAAUGUAGAAAUGUUUUUAAACUUUUAAUACAGAUGCAAUUAGAAAAUUUCAAUAAAUUAUAGUCUUAUGCAUAUCUAGUCUUAACUUCCGCAUAAGCAUAAUUAUAAUACAAAAAUUAAGAAUAAAUAGUUUUAAUGAAAUGCUCACUUGUACCCAACUUGCUCAUUAUUUGUUUAAUUAAAUAUUAAUAAAAUGACAUAUUUUCAACAAAAUAAACACAUAUACUA